AUGGAGUCAGAAGGUUCAGCAGAGAAGCUCUCAUGUCCUACCACUCAUCAACUCCAAAUCCAACAGGAAGAGAUGCACCUUGCAGGUGGAUACUACUCCACUGCUCCAGUAGGAAGAUUAAUCCAUCCCAGCUUCUCAGUUGGCGGGUGGCGCUGUCCUCACUCCUUCCCCACAGACCAGGUGUGCGCGGAGGUCAUCUGCACGAUGCGACCAGUAGGGAAGGUCCACCUUCGGCCUUGGUCUGGGCUCUCGGCCGCGCCGCGCCGCCCCGCCCCGAGUUACUCCUCUCCCGACACAGCCCGUCCAAUCGCCGCCAGGAGCUGGGACGAGCCGCCUAGCGCAGGAACCAACCGCGCUUCCCGCCCCGCCCCGCCGGCCUUCGUGCGUCAAGAGUCACGUGCCGCAUCUCCCUUCCCUGCCGGCAACUGGGCGCUCCCCUCUUCCGGAAGUCGCUCUCAGCCUCGCCGGCUCCUCCCACCACCGCCUCGGCUCGAAUUCCUCAUGCGCAAGUGCGGCUGGUUCGUGCGAGAGCUGCGUGUUGAGUUCGCCGCCGAGAAUUACCUGAGCGGUGGCGGCGGCCCAGGCGACGGAGGCGGCGCGGAUCCUGGGACUGGCGGGGAAGAAGUCGAGGCCCUGCAGCUCUCAACCCGUUGGCUGGAAGUGCUGCGCACCUACUUAGAGCUGGUACUGUGCGUGCUGGUCAGCAUCCGGAACAACAGGAACCUCCAGAAGUUUAGCCUUUUUGGAGACAUAAGUGUUCUACAACAGCAAGGAAGUUUGUCAAAUACAUACCUCAGCAAGGUGGACCCUGAUGGCAAAAAAAUUAAACAAAUUCAGCAGCUGUUUGAAGAAAUACUGAGUAAUAGUAGGCAACUGAAAUGGCUGUCCUGUGGGUUUAUGCUGGAAAUAGUAACCCCAACCUCACUGUCAUCUCUCUCAAACUCUAUUGCCAACACCAUGGAGCACCUGAGUUUGCUGGACAACAAUAUUCCUGGUAACAGCACCCUGAUCACCACAGUCGAACUGGAGCGAUUUGUGAAUCUACGCUCACUUGCCCUGGAUUUCUGUGACUUUACAGCCGAGAUGGCAAGAGUCUUAACUGAUAGCAACCAUGUGCCUUUGCAGCGACUGUCUCUCCUGGUCCACAACGUUUCCGUGAUGCACAAGUCUCUGGACAACAUGCCAAAUGAUGAGCAUUGGAAAGCCUUGUCACGAAAGAGCACCAGCCUCCGGGUCUAUAUAAUGGCCUUUGAUAUCAAGAGUGAAGAUAUGUUAAAGAUUCUGAAACCCAGUAUACCACUAGAGAGGAUUCAUUUUGACAGCUACAUCACUUGUGUUUCAGGAGCUAUUGUUGAUCUUAUAUCCAGGCAGUAUGAUAAGUUCCUCACUCAUUUUAUAUUAAUGAAUGAUGUGAUUGACACAUCUGGUUUUCCAGAUCUUAGUGACAACCGAAAUGAAGAUCCAUUGGUUUUAUUAGCAUGGAGGUGCACAAAGCUCUCUCUUCUGGCAAUUCACGGUUAUACAGUGUGGGCACACAACCUCAUUGCCAUUGCUCGUCUUCGUGGCUCUGAUCUAAAAGUACUUGAAGUCACUGAAGAAAGCAUUGAUUUUGACCAAGGUGAACUGGCCGACCAGGAUGUGGAUCCAGUGCAUAACCUUAUUGAGCAGGUAUCCCUGGGCCUGGGUCAACCUUGGCACGCGGUCAUGGACAUCGAAUCACUCAGUGUCUUCACUGAACCAAAUCGUCAUUUUUACAGAGAGAUGCAAAGCUUCAGCGAAGACAUUUAGCUUUUUUUAAAAAUGUACAAUUCCUGUGGUUACAUAUGCAAGUAGGGUCCUAUUAUGUUUUUUUUCAGUAGUGUGAAUUAAUCCCUUUGUGCUGUGUUUAAUCAGUAUUAGCUUUAUAGAAUUAUAUAUGUAUAUUCUACUUCUUGAUCAAAGAACGUAGUCGGGUAUUGGUUUAGAAGUUCAAAGUGACAGUGUAUAGGGCUUUCACGGUUAAUGGACUUGUUAUCCAACCUUAAGGAUAUACAACCGAAGGUUGUCUGAGGUUGCUGGCUAACUUUAUUUUUCACUGAGUUACUCUGCCUUUUGAUGUUUUUAUUCUUUGUGUGUCAGAGUUCAGAGCUCAGGAGCCAAAAUAUUUUUAUACAUAUAUAGAUAUAUAUCCAUAGCCUGGUGGAUUUGUAUGCAAUGCACCGCAUUCAUGCAUUGUGACAGCAUUUCAUUAAUUCUUAUUUGAAAUGGAAGAAGGGAGGAUAGUAUGAUCCCAAAUGAGUUAUCUUUAACAGAAAAGCCAAGACUUUAACUUUCAUUACAUAUAUAAUAGUUGACAUCACCAAUUACCAUUCAGAAUUUUGUAUAGUACUAGGUUAGAACACUGCUUAAUCCUUUUUUUAAAAAAAUGCAUUUACCUAAAUGUGAAUACUCAAAUUGUUAGACUUUUUAAAAACUAUAUCUGACAUAAUUUAUUCAUCAAUUACAUUAUACAUUCAAGUUAGCUUUUUAGCCCAGAUUUCAAAUAGUGGAGGAAGAAACCGUAUUCCAGGGUAAAACCUCCUAAAGCAAAAUCUUUAAAAAACAGAGCUGUAAACACACAUGCUUGCAAACAAACAUUAGUCGUGAAAUCCCUAGCAACGAGUCACUGGAUUUUUCUCUGUCAGCGCGCGUGUCAGCUGCCAAAGAAUAGACUUAACUGAAGAAGUGCCCACAUGCUGGCAGGGGCCGGCCCACUCUGGCCAGCCAGAUACUGCUAGAUUGUAAUAUUUAAGGUCGAAUUUCGACCUGUGGUACACAGCUGUGCUGUGGCUCAGUCAGCAACCU